GGUCAGCGGUAACACCAUUGAGGCACGUGGAGUAACAAGAUGGCGUCCAAGGKGAAGACUGUACGAGAAAGCUCUCUGAAGAGAAAACAGGUCAACAUAGCCGUGAAUGCAUUGCUMAAUCACGUUAAAGAGAAUCAAUCCAAAAAAACAAGUUUACUUGGUGAUGAACAGUCUUUAUGGCUAAUAAUGGCAUUGAAGAAAGUUCCUGCUCCAGAUAGGAAGCCAAAGAGAAUUCCGCUUAGCAACUCAUUGCUUCCUGAUGACACUGAAGUUUGCUUGAUUACCAAAAGAGAAGGGAAAUUGGCCAAGGAACUCUUGAAGUCUGCUKGUGUUACAUCAGUUAAAAAGGUUAUCAGUUUGGCAAAACUCAAGAAGAAUUACAAAUCUUAUGAAUCUAAGCGACAGCUUGCUUCCUUGUAUGAUGUGUUURUCUGUGAUGAUACCAUUUACCAUUUGCUGCCUAGAGUCUUGGGAAAGGCAUUCUUUUCACGAAAAAAAUUUCCAAUUCCUGUUGAUCUUAAAAAGAAAGAUCUCAAUGGAGAGAUGAAUAAAAUUUUAAAAAGUACAUAUAUGUCCUUGGGUCAGGGCCCUUGUAGUGCCAUUCGAAUUGGACACACUGGACAGAACACAGGAGAAGUGGUAGCAAACAUCAUUGAAGCAACAAAACACAUUGCCAGUAUUGUUCCUCGUGGAUGGAAAAAUAUCAAAUCACUAAAUAUCAAAACCUCAGAUUCAAUAUCUUUACCUAUACAUAACUCACUUCCCGACAUACCAACCACUGUAAAUACAGGACAGACAGACAACAAACAAGAGAAAAUACCAGCCACUGAGGAAACAAAUACAGAACAAACAGAUAUUUCAUCAAGCAAGAAAAAGGAGAAAAAAGGAACAAAAGGAAAAAGGCAAAAAAUAAUUGAGAAAAUUGAAUCUGAGUAACAAUUAGAAUAUAAAUUGUUAGUACAGCAUCCCAUUCUAUGUUCUUGUCUACACAAUAUUGGAAUAAAACAUUUUUAUAAAUGA